AAAAACAAAAUGAAAACAAGUGUGCCACAAGUGCCUUUCGGUGGUUUUGAAAAGUUUCCAAUUGAAACGUGCGAAUUCGCUUGGCGCCUGUCGGGCGUUUUAAGUGUCCAACUUUGAACGUCCAGCGCUUGUCUUGACGUUGCGUGCCCGUCUCGGCGUUCUCCUCGACGUUUUGGUCGACGUUCUCGGCCAUCCUUGGGUGCAUAACGUGUGGAAUCCACUUCCAAGAAAUGUGCCAGGAUGCACGAGCUGCUGGCACAAGUUCUGGAGAAUCGAGACCUGUCACGUGCAGGUGACCUGUUCUCUGUGGAGGACCAGAAGAUUGUGGGUGACCUGUCAGAGGUGCUGACCAAGAUUCGUGACAUUGCCAGUGGGUCAGACUUUCUUCACAGCGACAACAUCCAAAGUGUGGUUGAGAUAUGCAUCACCAGGGUCACAUCAGCCAUCAGGGACACUGGGACCAUAGAGCAACAUGCGCAUGCCCUGGUUGCAUUGUUGGAGUCUUGCUUAAACCACGAUCUGCGUCCCUCACCAAAAGAUGAGGAUCCACCACACGCUAAGAUUGCUUCUGACAUCGUCAGCUGCAUUUUUCUGAAUCAUAACAAGAAAUCAGUUAUGAAGCUGGCGCUUCCUGUGGCAAUCAAGUUCCUGCACCGAGGGAACAAGGAACUGAGUCACAAUCUUUCCCGCUAUCUCUCGCUGGCUGCUGUGAACAAUGCAGAGCUCCUGUCCCCACAUGUGCAGCCCAUUGUAGACAGCGUUAUCAGUGGUAACUAUGCCCUUGCUCGAGUGCUGCCCUCCAUCUAUGUUGUGAAGAAAGAGCCCAUCCAUGACCACCUCAUGGCACUCAUAUCAUUGCUGCCCUUGUGUGAGAGCUCCGACAAGCUCAACCUGCUCGCCCUCUUUGAGUUGGUGGCCAAGCACAAGCCCUCUUUGCUGGAGAGCAAUGUGCCCCAGCUGAGCAGUUGUCUAGGCAGUCCGACUACAACAGGCUCAGUGCUGAAGAUCUUCCAAGAACUGGCAGCGGCUAAGCCCCAGCUGUUUGCUGAGUAUUUGCCCAAGAUGAAGGCGGUGGCCCUAGCUCAACCGGUCCAUCUCACCCUGGUGGCGCACAUCAUGGCUACUGUGGGACGGCUGAGUGCAGAGCGUGCCCAGGAGUGCUUGGAGUUUCUGGUCAGCCAGCUGUCCAAAGGGGACCACAACACACAGCUGGCCCUGCUGCGAGAAGCCAAGCACCUGGGAGAUGCCUUCCCUGCACUGCUUGCCCCUUGCUUGCCACAGAUUUGCAGUCAGCUACCUGAGCCUGUGGCAUCAUCCACAAUCCGCUUUUAUCUACACCAGCUAAAGGCAGAUGCAGCCACAGCGGCCCACAGGGCGCAAGUCGUAAACCGAACAGGAGGCGUCACCAUCGUCAAAGUUGGUGGUAGCAGGCAUGACCUUUCAUCCAGCCGGGGUGCCACUAUGCCAGCAGGACCGGCAGGGCGUACCCCAGUGGGCAGUGCGGCUUCUAGUCAGGCUCCAAAGGCCCCUGGCAUGCUGGCCUCUUCGUCACGGGAAGCCAGCGCCCGUUCCCUGGGCCACCUGGGUUCGGGUCAGCUGUCCCACCGGAGUAUGACCCGCUUGCCCUCGGCAAACCACAUGCACAAUGCUCCCCAUGCACAGAGCAACAGCCGGCUAAGCUCUCCCUGUGGCCUACACAUGAGCAUGUCAAAGCUCAGCUCCAACUCUCCUGUCAACCGGAGCCUGUCGGCACUCAACAGCCGGCAUAACCUGAGCUCAAUCCCAGCCGCGCACACAAGCCGGGUGUCCAGCUGCGGUGUCACCGUCACGACCACUUCAGCCCACAAGAGCAUGAGCAUUCCAACACUGAUAGAAGAAGCGCAACCAUCACCAGUGGUAGGUCGUCACCCAGUUCUGACCGUGUCUAUAACCAGCAAUGUGGCAAGGCGGGGGCCUGCAGACAUGGCUGGAGGGGGUGGCACCUCCCCCAAGGGGGCGGUGCCCAGCCCUUCCCCGCCCCCUCUGGGCCCCACUCCCUCCUGCUCCUCGUCAUCUGCCACACCUCCACCCUACGCAGAAGGGGGCACGUCGUCAUCUUCACGCCUCGGCGCACCGAACAGUGGCUCACUGAGCUCAGGCUGCAAUCAGCAGCACUUGAAAGGCAGUGGCGGGGGCACCAGCUCAGCUACUGAGGACGAAUCUGUGCCAGUAGUGCCACGCAAGGUAGUGCAACCUAAUGCACAGAGGAUAUCAGUGUUCGAGCCAUACCCCAUGAGAGAUGCAGUGCAACACUUUUGUGAGAAACACCUAGACAAGAUCAAAGCAUACAUGCAGACCAUUUUUGUCAAGCUCCCACUGCCAUCCAAAUGCACCAUCGAAGAAAGGCGUGCCAAGAAGCAUGCCAUUCUUCAGUUCGCGUGCCAGGGCAAAGGGGAGCAUUGUCUAUACAACAAGAGCCUGUUUGUCAUGAAAACCAAGAAUCCACGCAUAUGGAUCCACCUCAUGUUCCUUGCACUGCAGGCUCGUUCCACAAGUGCCCUAAGUACGCGAGAGACAUCUGUGAGUAGCCUGAAAAAUUGCUGGGACACACUGAAGUAUGAUAACAAGUCAUUCCUAGCCUUGGUGACCUCAUCAUUUCCAUCUGCAAAGGACCAGGACAACCUGAUAGCUGAGCUGCGCAGUGAGCGUUUCUUUGAUGUGUUCGAGUACAAUGGGCCACUCACCCUGUGGGGCUGCUUCUUGUGCAACCACCCGGACCGGGCCCAAGGUUUCCUCCAAGAAGGUGGCGAGCCCGUCAUUGAGGGGCAACUAAAAGAAAAAAAGAGGAAAUGGAAGCUAUUUCGACACUGGAGAACGCGCUACUUCACACUUUCAGGAGCACAUUUGUCGUACAGGGGCCUGAAGGAUGACAAGGAAGUGCAGCCCAUUGAGGUGAGCCAGAUUCGAAGUGUUCGCCCAAUUGGGAGCCGUGGUCGCAACAUCCCGAAAGCCUUUGAGAUCUUCACUUCGGACAAGACCUUUGUGCUCAAGGCCAAGGACAGCAAGAACACCGAGCAGUGGGUGCAGUGCUUGUCCAUAGCCUUGGCCCGCUCACAUGCCAAGGAGGUUGCUCACUGACACCUCGCAUUGGCCUUCUCUUAUUUUUUUUUUCUUGUGAUACUUGAAAGCAAAUGCAGACAAUGAGCCAAGUGUUGUGAUGAAAAACCUAGCACUUUGAGAGUUACAUUUCGAUAUGUGAGACAAGGCUAUAAACUGCUGCAUCCUACCACUGCCUUAUCCAUUAUCGUGGAGCUGUUUUUCGCAGAGGUAAGCUGCCAGCUUUCCCCAGCAGCUUUCUGUUCUCGUGUAGUGCCGCAUGUUCCACAGGCCGGGUUGCUUGUUUUCUGUCGACUUGACAUUCUUGCUAUGCAAAACAAAGUAUAUACUAUUGCACAGUUUCAGAGAGGAGAUAGUAUUUCCAAGGUUACAAAUCUUCUGCUCUUGAGAUGCAGUUGAUGCAUUUAUAUGUAUAUAUAUGAAUGCCAGUGUGCCUGCCUUUACAUGUGAUUUUUACAGUUCAUUGGAGCAUACACUGUUCUGCGAGGACUGUGCAAUGGAUUAUUCGUGCCACAUUUUACAUUGUGCACAGUUAUAGCUGGAAUGUGUUUUGUUAACCAUUCAGCUCUUGAACCGCUCAUUUAUAGCCCCUCACCAGGUUUGGGAGUCUCGUGCAAAUUAUCAGGUUGUUCAGAUCACAUAGUAACAGUCGUGUAUGCAGAGUGUGAAACAACGUUGUAAUGUGAAACAGUCAAAAUUUGAAAACGAAGGCCACAGAUCCUUCUUCUACAGUGAGUCAGGCUUCAAGUGAGAGUCAAGGUCACACGCAGAAUGCUUCCUAUGCGAAAUGCACUGUUUGUAGUGUUACCUACCAUGGCAUGUGACUUUGGAUAAACAUCUAAUGCUGACUGUGCAGUGUGCUUGUAUCCUGUACAUGGGAAAAGACAGAGAAAAAAUGCCACUUGCUAACUAAAGCACUGUAGGAGAUAUCGUCUCUUGAAAGUGACUGCUGGCAUGUUAACAGGGCGGUUCAGUAAUUCUGUCUCAUCCAGCAAUGAAGUCUUGUGAAAAUUACUUCCAGUAAAAUGCUCCCUCAAUAAAGUGCCUUAGAAUUUCCAAUGUGUAGCCUGAAUUUGCCAUGGUGACUGGUGAGGGGCUUCUUAAAAAUGCAAUUAUUGAGCUGGUUUUUUGUAGUUUUAAAAGGAUGCUUGUGCAACAACAAUGCUAGUGCAAUGGAGCUUGAAUCUGGCUACUAGUUACAUUUAAUUCAUCCUGUUUGCAUAUCUGGCUCCAUAAUCUGCACUGUUUACUGCUUGAAAUCUUCCCAUUGAAAGCGUCUUUUUUAGACAUAUCCGCACAGCCCACUUUGCGUGCAUGUCAACCGAUUAAAAGCUUUUCUUUUAUUCAUGAGCAUGUGCGUGGCAUGCUACAGUACAAGCCCUACGUAGGGCUGUCACAGUUCAUUUACCUCACAUUGUUUUGCCGAGAGGAAUUCAGUUUCUCAUUAAUAGCAGCACUAAAACUCCAGGUAGGCAGAACUAGACACUAGAGGUGCCAAGAUGUGAUUUGCUCUGGAACUGAGCAUUUCAAAACAGCUUUUGUGGACGCCUAUAAAUGUAUACCUAAACCUGUGGUCCUCAUCCAGUUUGCAUUACAUGUGAGAAGUAUAAACAGUUGUGGAAAUAACAUUGCCCAGACUACACAUACGCUUUCUUGCUUUAGCAAGCUCAUGUCUACUGGCCUCUGUGUUUCCAAAAGAUGGCUGACAACAGCUCAUGUGUGUCGGGGUGCCUGCAGGCAUGCAAUUCGCACCAGAAAGGUGCAGGCACUUGCAUUGGGUUGUGUCACCAUUACCAUGGAGCAAUGUGACCAACACAUUAAAGUUGCAAGGCAGGCUUGUUGGUUCAGCAUAUUUGAGUAACAAUGGUAGCACAAAGAAUAGGACACAAAAUAGUAGCAAUGUGUGUGUCUCUGUAUUACUGUCUUGUGUGCCGUUGCUUUGUGCUACCAUUGUUAUUCAAGUGACCAAAGAGUUUGAUCAGAGGAGGCAGUCUGAACGGUGUCUUGCCCACUGUGCCCAUUGUGGUCGGUACUAGGACCCAGUCUUUGUAGUCGCGGCAGUGUGCUGCAGACCAGCUUGUUCCUGUGCCGAUUUGAAUUAUGUUACGCGAGCAAGAACAGUCUUCUUUUUUCACACAAAUUCUGCAGCUCCAAAACAAGAAUAAUGAUGUUAAACAGGGAUAGUAAGCAUUUGGAAGCAGUCCAGUUGCAGAAUCUUAUUGCAGAAUGAUGUCUUUCAAUGAAGCUAGCUCACAUCCUUUAUAGAAACUUGUUGCUAUUCCUUGCAAGGUGUGGCAGGCACAGCAAGCACAUAGGCAUGUGCUUGCACACAGUGUCAAGCAUAACUGUAGUCUGAACUUGAUGCUCUUUUACAAAGGACUGUGCUUUGAGCCAUUCAUCGGAACAUCAACAUGAAACCUCGCUCUGCUCAUAUAUUAGAAAAAGACUGAAGUUUCUUUCUAUGAGGACAACUUUGUAUGGUAUUUAAGAUGUUAAGGUUGAUGCUUCACUCUUUUAUUCUUCCUACUUGCUGGCGAGUAAGCAUGUGUGCAAUUGUCGGUUUAUGAAUAAUAGUUAGGUUACCAUCACUCAGUGCCUUUUCACUGCCCUUUUAUCUUUUGAACUGUUUCAUGCAUGUUGUUUAUCACCGAAAAAUUUUGUUGUUGUAUUUUUUUAGAAAUUUCCUAUACAAGGCACACGUCACGGGUGAAAGAAUUUGACUCAACAUAAGGGACACCUGUUUAAACUCAUUUUUUAUGCACUGCCUAGGUUUGCCCAAAACUGUUCACAUUUUAGUAUUGUUUUUUCGUAGCAUUGAAAAAGCAAUGUUUUUUUUUGCAUUGUGAAUUGACAAUAGCACCAUCUGCACACAGUAUUCAUACAUUGCUCUUUGUGUUUAUAGUACUUUAGCUUUCUUUGGUCGCAAGUCUAUGACUUGCCACAAAAUUUUGUCACUUCUAUGGCCCGCUGAACUGUCUCAUGCCGUAAAAAAUGGCAUACCUACAACAUAUGCACAGAAUUUCGCAAUUCUUAGAGUCAUAUCCAAAUGUAUUUAUCCAUGUGCCUUCAUUUUUUUACAAGAGGUUUUGUUUCUCCCUUGUUAACAUAGUGUGCACAACAAGGUGGAUGAGCACAUUGAAGGGAUCUUAUGUCGGUGUGAAAAAGUUGAAUGAAUUAUUACAGUGCUAGCUGCUUUAAUAAGGAAGCAAGCUGUCAAGGAAAGGUGUGUGGCAUGCCCACCCAUGCCAGCACCAUUUUUCACGACCACAGAUGAAAGUGUCAGCUGUGUUUUUCUAGUGUCCUCGACCUCCACAAGACAUAUCUGCCAAUUUUUCGGAGGUCACUCUCCUUUGUCAAAAGUAGUACUCUGUCAAUGGCCAACAAUCUGAAGUGUGCUAGGACUAGGUAAUGUUGGAAUAAGUAAAUGACAAAACAAGAAUUUCUUUGAAAACAAAUGCCUUUAUUCCACAAGCGACAAAGUGGCAAACUGGCUAGAAAAGCUUGUUACCACGUUGCUGCACAGCCGUAUGCUUGCUUGCACGCGACCGCUCUGUCGGUAUCCGACUGUUGUCAUGCUGUGUGUGCAUUUGGUGAAAAUACGUGCUGUUCACGUUCAGUAUUUAUAACUUGUGGCAGUGCGAACUGCUGGGAACCAUGACCCAACAGCCAGAUUAUUUACAGUCUUUUUCAGUGCAGUUGAAAUCCAAAAAAGGCGUGCAAGUUUGGGGCAAGAUGAACGAUUGAAAAGAUGAAAAUUAGUGAACACGAGGUGUUGCUGGAGCUGCCGUUUCAAAAAGCGGACUUGUCUUUUUGAACGCUGCAGUUUUGAGACUUGUCGAAACAUUGGCUCCAGCGAAACUCCAUGUGCACGAAUUUUUAUGUUUUCAGCACUGUUGUUUCAUAGCACUCCCUUCACUUAUUACCUCUUUCAAUAAUACUGCUUAAAGAAUUAUUGCUUUGCAACUGUGUAUAUAUAAAAGAGUGGAAUAAAAAAACCAAAUAUUCACAACUUUCUUACUAUAACCAGUGGGUGCUUAUCGUGCCUGCUGCUUUCAUUGUUGAAAAAAGCACAGCAUUUAGCAGGCAUGGUAUGCAUGCAUAUUUUACCCUUCUGUUGGGGAUACAUUUCUGCAUCUUGAUAAACAUGUAUUAUUACUGUGCUUCAUGCAUUUCAUGACGUUGUUCCCCUUGUGAGAGUUGCUUGUAGCAUUACAGGAGAUGCAUCAUGUCGGGAUAACUUUGAUCAGCCGUAAAAGAAGAAACUUGUUUGUUGUGCACUCUGGCACAGGUGGUCAUGUGAACUGAGACAUUCCUCUGCUUGUCUUCAGAGGUGAGCAAGCGCAAGCUGCGUCAUUAUUUUUGCAAAUCUGCAAGAAUAGCAACAAUAAGUAUAAAGUCUUCAGACAUUCUUUGCAGUGUGUCCAGGAUGAAGGUGCGGAAUGUUUAGUCUGUUGAACGAAGCUCCAGCCUGACUACUCAUAGCCAGCACCAUCCAAAUCGCAGCCCUAAGGCUUAAAGUAAAACUGGAUUAAGAGCUUCAUCGUAAAUAUAAGUAUGAAAAUGAUAUGAGUGGUUUAAGGCUUUGGCUGGGGAUUUUUUUUUGUCUAUUCCGAGGUGUGAUUAUUUUUAUUUUGUCAGUUAUGAACUCAAAAUGUGUAAAGCAGGUUGUGUGGGCAUGAAAUUGUCUUUUUUCUGGAGCUGACACUUAUACCUGGCCUUUUUUAUUCUUCUGAUGUCUAACUGUUUUAAGCAAAACCCACGGUGAACUUACCUUACUAUUAUAGAGAUUAAGCUUUACAUAAGUGGCAUCCAUUUACAUGUAAACAACAUAGCAGGGUCAGGCUGGUACGACAGCUUUGCACAUUGCAUGCUUCAAGUGCUCUUUGAAUUUCACAUGAGGUGAAAACGUUUGUAGAGGCAGUUUGCUGUGGGAAACAUCAUGCUCCAACAGAUAUGUGCUUCAGAUCUACCAGGCUAUUUGGUCCAUUUAUUCUCAACACAUGCUUGUCUUGCUUUGUAUGUUUGCUUUGAUGUUUCAACAGUAAAGUAUUAGCAAACAUUGAGCUUUGGAUUAACCAUCUAUUCUAAAUUUUUUGUUUUUUAUUCUUAAUGACAGUAGUUUUAUUAGCUAAACACAGUCUGCAAUGGACUAUCAAGUAUGCAUGUUUACAUGUGCCACCCCAUCUGAAAUUUUAUGAUGACCAUUAUAUGAUGAUCAUCAUAAUAAAGGUUGAUGCUGUGCAGAUGAUGUAAAUAAAGCAGUGUGUUCAGUUGACAUUUGGUGCUUGGAGUGGCGUCAACUGUGGGGCUCGGCUUCAUUUUACUCUGCUCCAACUGGAAUAAGGUCAUUUUCACUCAUUUUCUUGUGCUUUCAGACCAUGCUUGCACAGCAUGGCACUGUCAGUUUCAGUUAGUUUUUUUUUUUUUUUUUUGCGAAUUCGACAGAUCUCAUUAUUAUGAAGCUAAUAACAUAAAGGUUGUAUAAUAUUGGAUGUAACCACCUAAGUCAUGGUUAGGUAGACUAUCUUGUGACCAUCACAGAACACAGCUUUGAUGGAGUCUACACAGCUUUAGAACCUAAUUGUGCUCUUGCAGCAUAGGUUGUGAAAUAAUACGUAAUGCAAGCAACAGUCCAGCUGAAUGAAAAUGUACAUUGCUCAUGAUCCCAGUUGUUCUAUGCUACACAGUUCAAGCAUUUUCUGAUAAAAAUAUGAUAGUCUCACUGACAGGUGGUUAACAGCUUCAGCAGACUUUAUUGAGUUUCACCAUCAUCAGUCAUUCUUCAUCUUUUUGCUAGUGAAUCUCACCGCAAAUUGUUAAUAUUUAAAUGUAAUUCUAAUUUAUAUUAAAGUGAUUGGGUUGUUUCUGUUCACAGCAUGCUUCAAGGACAUGGAGCAAACAUAAUAAAGAAUUGUUUAUUAGGUAAUGCUUUAUAAGCUGCUAUUUUAGAGUGCUGCUUCCUGGCACUCUAAAAUCUGUUUACCAAUCCAUGUACAGCUAUUUUAUUGCACAUCUACUACACACAAUGCAUGAACUAUUGGUUGUUACUGAACAAAGCACAUGUUUGCCUUCUUGGACAAGUCUUGCUCACACACUUUACCGCCCAUUAUGCUGGGCCACCUUAUGUAAAUGAGUCGAGCCAACUGAAAGUGAGUUACGUUGUACAAUGGAGUACUGUAGCACAUGAGCUCUUAAUGGCAUUCUCCAUGACCUCUUUUCUACCAGAGGUUUUGAAACAUUCCACAAAUGCCAAUAACCUGCAGAUUGUCAGUGUGGUACACAUCAUUAUGUAGAUAAUGGCAUUUCAUUGUAAGUUAACUUUAGUCAAAUUGAAAUGUAUUUGUUGUGUAAAACUGCCAAUAUUACUUCUCCAAAAUACUAUAUUUAAAGAGAGCUCAGAAUCUUAGAAACUCAGAAAUUCUGAAGAAGCUCAAAAUCUUGGAAAACUCAGCAGUGUAAAAUAUCGGGAAAGCCAGAACCCGACUCUCAGCUACACAGUUUUUGUUUUCAUGCUUUAUUUGUGCUUUUUAAGUGUGGUUCACUUGCUUGUCAACCUUGGAUCAUCCUGCACACUAAAGACCUUGGAUCAUUUAAGCGGAAAAAAAAAAAUUCCAUAUUGGGUUGCAAUACCUCUAGAGCUCUGUACAAUAACACAUUUCAGUUACCAUUUACAGUUACCAUUUAUUUAUCUUAAAAUUGCAUCAAACAUUUUAAUAAUGAACUAAAAGCUGGUUAUUUCCACGAAAGAUUGAGAAAAGUAGUAUACUUGAUAUCUCCGAUGUUUGUCGUAUUUUUGUAUUAUGCCCUUAGGACCGAAUCGUACGAAAUCACACUUGGCUUUUAAAUGAAAAUUUUUUGACCCAAGGAAAAAUCGAGAAGCAUCGCCGGUGACGACGGCCAUUUUACAAAGAGGGUGUUUUCGUGAAUCCGCAAUCAUGCUAACAAAGACGCUAGCUAAAUGUCACAAAUACCUUCCUGCUUGGCACAAAUAGGAGUAAUAGGAGAAAUAGCUCACUUGAUUUACUCUAACUCUGGGCAAAUAAAUAUUUUUUGAAAUUCUCUAAAAACGCUGUCCAGAAAUGCUUAACAAUUGGCCAGAAUUAGAGAAAGUUGAGUGAGCUAUUUCUAAAUUACUUCUGUUUGGUUCGAAAAAUUUUUCAUUUAAAAGCCAAGUGUGAUUUCACGCUGUUCGCUCAUACGGGCAUAAUACACAAAAAUACGAGGAAGAUCGAAGAUAUCAAGUGUACCACAUUUUUUUUUUAUCUUUCGUAGAAUCGCCCAGCUGUAAGUGCUAAACUAAGGUUCAGGUGUCUGUGCAGCAGAAAGCAUAGAAUGUGCUAGGCACAUUAAAACUUUAUUAUAUACUACAUGGCCCAAUGCCUGAUACAAUUUGUCAUCGAAGAAGAGCCAGCGAGUGCUGGCCCUUCUGAGUAUGCCACAACCUUGUAGCAGUCUUGUGAACUACCCACACACUCGCGCAUUUGCUCAAUGAACGCAAACAGACUGAGCCAGGAACAAUACACACUAAUUUUAAUUUCAAUGGUGACUUGACACUGUUUUGUAAAAUAUAGUGGUGUUAAAUAUUCCGUACACUUUGGUACAAUCUUUUUCAGGCUCGUGAAGUUUGAAAAGCUUGAACAGGGCAGGUUGACCAAUCAAGUCGGGCAAACUGCUUAUUCAGCAUGUGCACAACGCAAUGUAAUAGUCUGCUGCUGAUGUCACACAUGGCGCACCACUCAAAUUUCUCUGUACUAAUAGCAACACAGUUAACAAAGUUCACCUUGCAUUAUGUAACUUUAGUAUGUUAUUUUCACUUUGCACGAAACCUGUGAGCAUUUCUUUUUACCUUAGUAAACAUUACCAAUUUCACUUACUGCUCCCUGAAUUACAAAUAGACAUCAUGACUUCCACUGCAAGCAGUGUUAGUGUGACUGUACCACAAAAAAAAACUACUGCCACAAUGCAUUUUCUUAUUAUUGUAGCUGCGGAGGUGUUUUCAUUUCUUUCAUGUUGCUGUGUCUGCGAUGCGGUAUGCUUGAUAUAUGUGCAGCAGGGUGCCAGUGGAAUCUCUAUAGCAGGAUAUAGUACUCAGUGCUGUGUACAAUUCAUGAAAUUAUGUAUCCAAUGAAGUGUAGCAAAGGCCAUUAUACAUGACAAGUAAUAACUGCAUCAGGGUUACUCAUUAGUGCCUCACAAUUUUUUUCUGCACUUUUUCUGUCUUGAUUCUCUUCUUCUAUGUGCCCAAUUACAUGUUCAGUGUAGUGUCUGCAAUGCCAUAAAAACAAACCUACCUUGUCACUCUUACUGUUGCAGUGAUGUGUUUUUUUUUUCUUCUGUGCGGUAGUGCACCAGGCCUAGCCUAUUUGAUUAUUUGAAUUGCAUCUUCUUUGAUACCUUAGACCUUUCAUCCGGUAUGCUGCUCGUGUUGCCUUUAGGCCAUAUCAAAUAGAAUUUUGGUUUUUGUUGUUCAAACACCUUUCAGCCAUGCCUUUUACUACAAAUCAGAAUAUAUAUUGCAGCACAUUUUUCUCUGCAAAAUUCCCUUGUGCCUAUUGGAUGAAUUGCACAUUUGCUUUUUGGAAAGGGGCACAGCUCAACAUUCUUGACAGUUGUAUUAAGGGUAUGAAGUUGCAGUUCAUGCGCCACUGCCUUUUCCUGCUGCCAUCUUCCCUAUAGAAUUUUUACUCACAUAUAUUUCCGGUUCUUUCAAGUUUGACAAGUAAUAACGUUUUACCACCACUAUACAGGUUGUAGAAACUAUGUCUUUACCCAUGUACCAUGGGCAUCAUGGAUUUUUACCAGGUGGUAUGUGAACUUGCCUGUUUCAGAAUUUCUGGAUAUUUACUGAACACCGACUUGUAUGUAGACGUAAAAUGUUUUGGUGCGAAGUAUUUUGUGGUUCCUAUUUAUUAUUUAAGCUAAUUGAACAAUUCUUGUGUGUAAUGUGGUGCCGAGCAGUUUUAUUCUGCAAGCCCCGCUUUCAUGAGUUACCUCAUCUUGACAUGUUCCUUUGUUUCUUAUUUCCACUGGUAGUUGUCAUAACUGUGUAAUCUCUCUUGCCUGAAUGCUGUAGAUAAGCUGCACAUCUUUAUGUCACCCUGUGCCUUGCCAUAGUCGAUGCAAUCGGUAGAGAUGCAGAACUGCUGCCUAACAAUGGAACAAGUGACAUCUGUCCUGAAAAGCUUGUUUGACUUGAAACUUGUUUGUUAGCCAAGCAAGGAGUUCCUGAUUCAUUCUUGUAGCAACAAUUUUGUAAUGCCACUACAAUUUAUUGCACUAGUUUGAUAAGUCUACCAAACUUCAUAAAAGCUUACAAGUAUACAUUGUGCAAAGUCACUUUUAUGCUGAACUUUGCGGUGGCGUGAUCAUGCGAGUUCUUCUUUUGGUCUAUCUACUUGCCUCCCUUUAAUUUUAGCAGUUUUGGUAAUGAUAAAGAUGUUCACAAGUUGCUGUAAUGAUAUUAUCAUAAGAGCUGCAUAAAACUUUCACAAUGUUGCAGCAUUUGUGCCAGGUGCUAAGUAUACAUGGUGACCAGCUUUUGAGCGAUCUGCAGCUGUUUGACAUGUGAAAGGUGUAUUGCAAUCUGUGUAAUUACACAGUGGAAACCUAAGCCAAUGGUAGAACACAUCAGUGAGGAGACAAAAAGAACGAUGCAGCAAUGCAGGCACAAUUGUUUUUGUCUCGCCCUGGAUAUGCUAUGCCAAUGGCAGUUGUGAUGAACCACCAAGAAGCCCAAGGUGCAACAGAUAAAGGUUGUGGGUUCCAUCCCCACCACGGUGGUCACAUUUUGAUGGAGGCGAAGUGGUAGAGGUCCAUGUACUGUGUGAUAUCGGUGCACAUUAAAAGACACCAGAUGGUUGAAAUUUACGAAGUCCUUCCCGAUGACGUCUCAUAAUCUUGUGGUUUUGGGAAUGUUAAACCCCACGUAUUAUUAUUAUGAAAACUGUAAUGUUGCCUCAGCUGAAAGCAAUGACAAUGUAAUAUAGAGCAAAAAGUUGCUGUAAGGAUAUUAUUAUAACAGCUGUAUAAAAUUUGCACGAUGUUGGAACAUGGCUUCUGUGAGGUGUACUGUCGUCAAAGAGCACUUCGAUACAUCUAUGUUGCUGCCUUUGCCGCUUGACAUUUCCGCCUACUUUUGUCUCAGUUAUAUAACGUUUCCUCUCGUUCCGGAUGCUUCGAAUAUUUAUUACGUGUUUGUUUUUUAGGGACUUCAGUUUUGCUUUCUAACAGUUCUUUUUUUUUAUCCUUGCUUUCUCCCUCAUGUAGUACUUCUUCCUUUUUUUCUCACUUCAGUGUGCUCUGAUGUUAUGAACAUAAUUUUUUUUUUUUGCCACAGAAUUACUGAUUGCUUGAUCUUUUCGUAAACUUGUAUUUUGAACCUUCUCGUAGCAUAGCUCUGAGGAAGUCCUUCCUGUUCUGUCGCUUCGCUUUGAUUCCUUUCAAUAGCGAUUUUUAUCAUAGCAUUGUCUGAAGUAUAGGGCAUUCACACCUUGAAAACCAGCUGUAUUGCACAAAAUGCAAGAGAAUGGUUGAAUGAUUGUAGCAAUUCGUUAAGGAAAAUUGAUGGUGGCAAGCUAUGACCAUCGUUGCCUUCAGUUGUUUUCUCGGUGUUCGUGAGCUGUAGGUUCACGACAAAUGAGAACUGUAGCUAGCCACUAUGGUUAGUCUUCUGGAGCUUCCUUCUAAUAUCUUGACAUGGGUAUUCGUGUGUUUUUAUUCUUUUAACCGUGAGGCAGAGUGCCCGUGAGAAUUGUAUAUAACACUAUUUAUUGGGGAGACUGUUUUUAUGUAUGAAGUAGUGGUGAAAUGCCAUAAUACAAUUACGGUUUUAGCUUCAUUUAUGCUGUCUUCCAGAUUGUUUUGGGUGCAGGAAUUUUUUCCUUUAUAAGAAAAGUUUUUAGGUUUGUUGAGAUUUUUAUGUGUGUUUGCUACGAGAAGUCAUGUUUCAAUUAUAUCCAUACAUACUGUUAUAAUUUUGCAAGUGCUCUUGAGCUGCUAGAAUAAGGCAACUCCCGUCAAUCGCUGAAUGCUGUUUAGGAAGUCUCAGCAAAAAGUGCCUUUGGAAUUGCUGCUGCUAAUAAAUGGUUAUUUCGGGAUCA